AUGGAGGCCGUCAAGGAGGGCCAGGACACUUCGCAACAUGGGCCUCAGCGUGUUGAUGUUAUGGCGCAAAUUAGUAGUGUGAUAACAGACGAUUGCCUUACCAACAAUAUGAGUGUCAUCGAACCUGCUCUUGCCCUGUUGGAAAUGCGAGGAGUACAGGCUCUGAAUGGGCCCACCCUCUAUGUGGAAUACUGGGAUACCACCGAAGAAGGAGAUGAGGUUGUUGAGGGUGCCGAGUACUUUGAAUACAAAGGCGAGCCGCGCUAUAAUCAGCUAUCUUCCAUAACUCGUUUUGAGAAGAUAUUAUGUGCACUGUUGCAUGCCACAACGCAGCAUUUGGGCCAUACGGUGGUGCCGUUUUGCGUAGUGAGUAAUCUGUGGGCUGUAUGCCGUGGAGAUGAGUCUGUGGAUGGCUAUGAGGAGAUGCUCUCCACUUUGGCGAAUCUGGUGUACAAUGAACAUAGGGGUCUCAUCCGCUUGGCAAAGGCUGGUGAUGGUCCAAAUACCAUCGCUUUCCAACCUAGACUUGGUCUCAAUCGUAAUAAGUUAACCAGUGUCAUGAUCUACUUGUUGUGCACUUCAUAUGCACCAAAUGAUGAAGCUCUGGACCUUUACACUAAUACUAACUGGAAAGGAGAGAGGAGAAGGAAUGCCUACAAUCGAUUGUGGAGGGUGAUGAAUAGCACGAAACCUGCUACCAAGUUAUUCGAUGGCGCAAACGUUACAGAAAUCUUGCCGUCUGGCAGAGUCCGGGGAAGGAUUUGUAAUGAGGGAGCACUUCCUGAGCAUCCUAAUGAAGAUGAGGAGCAAGGAGAGCAACCAGUGGAACCGGUACAUGCUAAUGAAGAUGACUUAUCCGAACCAGACAAUAUCCAGAGUGAGGAAGUGCGCUUCAUAGGCAUUUACGAUCCAAGUGACAAGGGCCCUACUGGCCCAAAUUAUGUCGCUCCAACGCGUAAUCUGCCCAAAAUUAUCCACAAGAAAUGUCGCGUGUACUGCGACCUACCCGCUGAGGCAAUAUGCUGUGAUUCCAACAGGGACCCAAGGUCUGCUAAAGUUGGUGGUCGAAUGACCGCUACUCUCACGGAUUCGGAAUGUGCUAAACUGCCUGGAAUAGUGUUGGGUGCACCUAUGGCGACCAACGACGUUCACCUUCCCAGGCAGAGGACACCAGUUCCGUCGUGA